AUGUUUUCAAAUAAGUCACAAAAUUCAUUAUCAACACAAAAAUUAACAUUUGAUAUUGAAAUUAAUACACCUUUAUCAAAUCAAGAAAAUAAUCAUCAACAAUCAAAUUUGAAUUUUUCAAAAUUCUUUCGUAAUGUAUUUAGUCGUUCAAGAAAACAUCAAGUUUUACAACAAGGAAACGAAAUGAGAACAUUAUCAAAAACAUUAAUGAAAUCAAAUGAAACAACUGAAACAUUAGCAAGUGUUACGAAUCAUGCAUCUAAUAAUGAUAUAUGUUUAUUUUCUGAUAGUCCACAUUAUAUCGUUCGAAUUGCUGGAAAUGGAAAUACAGAGGAAUUCGAACGUUUUAUUCGAGAUGAUCCAAGUCAAUUAAAAGUAGCCAAUCCAGCUGGUCUUUGUGCAGCUCAUAAUGCUGCUGCUAGAAAUCGAGUUGGAAUUUUAGCAUUAAUUGCACAAUAUAAUGAAGAUUUGAAUAUUGAAGACAAUAAUGGUUGGACACCAUUACAUCAUGCUGUACGCAAUAGUGCAUUGGAUGCUAUUGAAUUUCUUUUGGACAAUGGAGUUGAUGAUGUUCGAUUAACUAAACAACAAGAAGCACCUAUUCAUCUAGCUGUUAUACAUAAUCAAUUAAAAGCUCUUGAACUUCUUCUAUCUAAACGUCCAGAACGCGUUAAUCUUGGUGGUGAAAGAGAUAAAACACCACUUCAUUAUGCUGCUUUAAUUGAUAAUGUUGAUGCGGCAAAAAUUCUUACAAAUCAUAAUGCUCGUCUUUGUCAACCAUGCAGUGCUGGCAGCUAUCCAAUUCAUAUAGCUGCAUUGAAUAGUAGUAAUCGAGUAUUUAGUCAUUUAUUUGCAAUUGCUAAAUCAUUGGGAUAUCAUACCGAACAUCUUUUAAAUUUUUGUGAUGCUGAAAAUCAUCGACCAUUACAUUCAUCUGUCAUUGGUGGAAAUAUUGAAGCUAUUGAGAUAUGUCUCAAAAAUGGAGGCAAAAUUGAUGAUCAACAAGAAGAUUUAUCAACACCUGUUCAUUUAGCAUCAACACAAGGUUCACUUGAAAUUCUUAAAUUAAUGUUUAAUUGUCAAUCUGAACUUAAAUCAAGAGUUAUUCGUAUGACGGAUAUUCAAGGCAUGACACCGUUACAUAAGGCAGCUAUGGGUGAUCAUGUUGAUGUUAUCGAAUUUUUACUUGAAGAAGGAGCAGAUAUUGAUGUACGUGAUAUAUCUAAACGAACACCAUUAUUAGUUGCUGCUUUAAAAUCAUCAGUACAAGCUGUUUGUUAUCUUUUAUCUCAAAAUGCUUCAUUAAUUUAUCGAGAUGAAGCUGAUAGAAAUUUACUUCAUUUUAUAAUAAUGCAAAAUUUACCAAUUGAAACCAUUGGCAAUAUUAUAUUUACUCGAGAUAAUUAUCGUAUAUUAUUUGAUCAACGUGAUCAAGAUGGUUUUUAUCCAAUACAUUAUGCAUCACGUGAAGGACAAGUUAAUGUAUUAAAAACAUUAAUAAAACAUGGAGCAGAAAUAAAUCGAAAAACAAAUCAAAGACAAUCAUCAUUACAUUUUGCUGCUGAAUAUGGUCGAUAUAAUACAUGUUGUCAAUUAUUAGACACACCCGGUUUUAAACGUAUUCUUAAUGAACCAGAUAAACUCGGUCAAACACCACUUCAUCUUUGUUGUCAAAAUGGUCAUACACGUGUUGUUCAAUUACUUUUACAUAAAGGAGCUCAAUUUACAAAAACUUAUGAAGGAAAUACACCAUUACAUGAAGCUUCUGCUAAUGGACAUGCAUCGACCAUGGAUGUUAUUCUUCAAGGUCAUGCUCAUUUAAUUAAUUCAAUUAAUCGUCUUGGUAUGACACCAUUACAUUUAGCUGCUGCUGGUGGUUAUGUUGAUUGUGUUGAUUUACUUCUUUCGAAAUCUGCAACAUUUUUAACAAAUACAGAUGGUGAAACAUUUUUUGAUUUAGCAAUUCUACAAAAACAAAAAGAUAUUUGUCUUACUAUUAUUGCUCAUGAUAGAUGGAAAGAAGCAUUAGAUUUAAAAAGUUUAAAAUAUCAAACACCAUUACUUGGUUUAAUUGAACAUUUACCAGAAUGUGUACCAGUUUUAUUUGAUCGAUGUAUAACUUAUAGUCAUAAUGAUAAGAAACAUAAAGAUUUUCAUCUUAUCUAUGAUUUUCAUUACAUUAAUUGGACAGAUACGAAACAAAUCGAUGGAAAAGUAUAUCGUUAUCCAAUGCUUCCACUAAAUGUAAGCAGCAAUUUAAAAUGA